CGCCAUCUCCUCUGUCACUUUCUCAUACAGACGCAUACACCUACCUCAACCUUGGAGGCUUUUCCUCCCAAAAGAACCCAUUCUCUUUUCAGUUUUCUGGUUUUCAUUUUUCCUCUCACGCCACCGAUCGCCUUUCUAGCAGAGCCGUCCGAUUGAAUAUCGACGGUAGAGAAGAAGUAGAAGCGCCGUAAUAUUACUUUUCCGUCAAGGGCACUUCGGGAAGAGAGAAUAGGAGAGCCACAGCUUUCCUCACCAGGCACAGCAAAAGAUGCAGCGUGCCCUUAUGAGAACCAGUCGCAAUGUUGAAGAGGUUGCAGAUGGAAGAAGCACUCUAUCAAAAAAAUCUUUAGGACGAAACAGUUGCAAAUUUUCUCCAAAGGACCCUGUAGUACCUGCUUCCUUACAGAGGGAUUCUGAAGAAAGGUGGAUUAUCCUUACAUUUUUUACAGUUGAAGUUGAUGCUCCCUUGAAAAAUUUUGAACCCUUUCUUCUGCCUCUGCAAGGCCCUGAACAUAGAAACUGUUUGGGAUCUGGAGAUCAACUAAAAAUGGAUGGUCUUGAUCAAGUAUCUCAACCACCCGCUAUUUGGUUUCGUAUUUAUCAGCAAAGGGCAGAGGUGAGUGACCCACCAGGUCGUGCUUGUUCUGCAAAGCCAUUUACCACCAGCAGUUCGUCUGGGGUAAAUGUUCCAAGUCGAAACAGGGGCUCAGUAAAUAGAAGAACUAAAGCUGCUAAAGUUUCUGUCAGUUAUUGCCAGCAGAAUUGUAAUGCAUCCAAUGAUUCUUCUGGCUCUGUUUACAAUGGUUCUAGUGCUACUUGUUCAGCUGACCUAGCCAAGGAUGUCCCUAAAGUAGACAAGCCUAUAAAAGGAAGUUCAAAAAAGAAGGUAAAAAGGAAGGGCAAACUGCACAAAAAGCCUUCGUCUCAUAGCAUUGGUGCAACAACUGCAUGUAAGGAAGGCAUCCAUAGCACUUCAGCCUAUGAAACAUACGCUGACAAUGAAUCAGCUUAUGGGGAAGUACUUGCUUCUGAGAAUGCAACAGGAUCUGAUUUGCCAUUUCAAAAGCCUACAGUGGAAAAGGUUGAUAAUGAGGGAAGUAGCAAUGAUGUUCUAAACUUUUCUGCAGCUACUACAGCGACCACAUCUUGUAGCGAUGAGGUGGAUGAUUUAGAAACAGCAGCUUCUUUACCACAGGACUUUACUACAAACAUGAAUCAUGCAACAAGCAAAAUUCUAUCUGAUUUUGCCGAGGAAGCUGCAAAUGCACAUCUGAAGCGAAGCUGCAAUCGUGAUGAUUUCUGUUCUGGCAAUUUUUCUGAUGAAUACAGUACUCUAAUGUUAGAUUCUUACUCUGAUGAAAUAUCUGCACAAAUAGAAACCCUAGAAAGGCUUUCAAAUACUAUUGAUUCAGAAGCAUCCUCAUUAAAAUCAGAAGACGACAACUCAUGGAAGAAGGUCUCUGGAAAGUCGAAGAGGAAACCCAGUUCAGGAUCAAAGCAAGAGCAUAACCAUAGUUCCAGGAAGGGGGCUCAUACUAGUAAACCCGACUUGACUAGGUCAGCUAGGACAAACUUGCAAUGGAAGGAAGCAUCAGAAAAUUUGUCACCGUUGAAUUAUCGGAGAAGCGUUGCCACUGGCUCAAGAUCUCCUUGUCAGACUGAUCGUCGAAGAGUGGGAGUUUCUCCAACUGAUCGAGUCAAUUUCUGUCCCUCUGAACCACUUCAGAACUCAGAAGUUUGCUCAGGUGAAACAAAAUCACUGCAUUAUGUUCCUACUAUAGUUUCUGAUAUGCAUGCCCAAACCGCACUGAAUCGGAUCAGUCCAUUUUCUAGGGCAUUGAAUUCUUCAGAACAAAUGUGUCAGCUUGAAGUGGAUUCUGAUGGUCCCUCCAAGUUCCAUAAGGAUUUGCAUGGAGAUCCUUGUUUUCCAACUGGUAAUGCAGGUAACGGACCUGCAAACUUAGAACAUGAAGUUCCUCAUCCAGAAUAUCGCAAGCAAGAUCAAAAUUUUGGAUCUAUCUUGCAGAAGUGGAUUCCUGUUGAGAAAAAAGAUGCAGUGGUGUUGAAAACAAGCAGAUCCAACGAUUUAUCAACCUCUCAUCUUGAUGUACCAGCUAUUGAUCAUUGUUGUUUGAGGAACAUUGAAGAGAAGUCAAGUGCGAAUUCUUACUGUCAUGUUUCUUUGCCCAAUACUAGAGUGACAUGCUUGGGCCCCAGUUAUGGAAUUGCAGAUUGCUCUUCUCCUGGGGAUGAGGGGCAGUCUGACAAGUUGAAAUCUCAAAUGCCCAGCAUACCCAUAGAGCACAGUAGCAUGUAUAUCGCAUCUAACUGCCGUUCAAUUCAUAAGUCGAAAGAUCAGAGCAUUUCUGCAAUCGAGACUGAUUCAGAUAAGAUAGUACAAGUUGUGAAUGAUGCCUACAGGUUGCAAAUAGAAUCUGAAGGUGUUCAACUGGCCACGGGCAGUCCGCUUGCUGAGUUCGAAAGACUUCUUCAUUCUGCUUCUCCAGUUCUCGAGGAAACACACAGUGUUCGGCAUUGCAAUAUUUGUUCAGGGAAUCGGCUGAUUGGCGAUUCUCUUUGCAGACAUCAGAUACCUAAUAUUUCUUUGAGAAGUCUUUGGCAGUGGUAUGAAGGACCUGGGAGCUAUGGACUGGAAGUAAAGGCAGAGGAAUAUCAUAACUCCAAGAGAUUGGGUAGUGACCAUUUUGAGUUUCGUGCAUAUUUUGUUCCCUUUCUUUCGGCACUGCAGUUGUUUGGCCAUUCGAGGAGUUCCACAUCUGCUAGCCAUGCCAUGCCAAGCUCUGAGUUGAUGAAAACUUGUGAUGUGGAUGCAACUUCGGACAUUUUAUCUAACUUGAGCCAUCUGCCAAAUUCCUCUAUGCAACUGCCCCAGCUUUGUAGAGAAGAGAGGAGAAGCUCAUCUCUUCCUGUGAGUUCAUUGCAUAAUUCAGAUACAUCAUUUGCAUCUGGUCAAGAUGAGGCCUGUAAUAGUUCCUCAUGCGUUUGCGAUUCAGAUCUACUCUUUCAGUAUUUUGAAUCUGAGCAACCUCAGCAGCGGCGGCCAUUGUUUGAAAAGAUAAAGGAGCUGGUUAGAGGCGAUUCAACUUCAAGUUGGCAAGUAUUUGGAGAUCCGUCGAAGCUAGAUUCCAUGCAUCUAUCUGAUCUCCAUCCUUCAUCCUGGUAUUCAGUAGCGUGGUAUCCUAUUUACCGGAUACCUGAUGGUAAUUUCCGUGCUGCAUUCUUGACAUACCAUUCACUUGGCCAUUUAAUUCGUCGAAACACCUCAUCAGAUUUUCUUAGCAGGGAUGCUUGUAUAGUUUCUCCAGUUGUGGGUCUGCAGAGUUACAAUGCACAGGGCGAAUGCUGGUUUCAACCGAGGAACUCCACUGCAAUCCACACACAAGGAACCCCAUAUUUCGUCCCAUCUGGGCUUCUGAAAGAGCGUCUUAGGACACUUGAACAAACAGCUUCUGUGAUGGCAAGGGCCUCAGUUCGUAAGGGUGACCAGAAGUCUGUGAACAGGCAACCGGAUUAUGAGUUCUUCCUAUCCCGCAGACGGUAAGUGCUGCCCUCCUUUUCAGGUCCGCACUCAUCCACUAAAGCUAUAUCUGCAUUUUUUCCCAAUAAAGCAGAAUACAGUGAGAAUAACCCACAUAAUUUUCCAAAAGCAAGAAUCUAACCUGUGACCGAGUGCCCCCUUUUGUUGUCUUUCUUGUACCAUAACUGUAUAUGGAUUUGUUAUAGGUUCUUUCCUUUUAUAAUUCUGAGGUCUUAGGGGUUCUGCUGUAAUUAAUCUAGCUCUAUAAACAUAUGGUUUUUCCCCACCUCUAAAAGUUUAUUGUGUAAGCAUUUUAGGCGUGUAAAACUUGCAUGUUUUAGGGUUAAUAUGGUUUAGCUUUUGUUUU